AACGGCACGGAGUGAGACCUCUUCAUUAUCCCCUAAUCUCUAAAGUGGUGUAACGUCCUUCCGCUGCCACGUCAGUGUCUCCGUCAUCACUAACAACAUCAAACAUGGCGAUAUCUGUACGGGAGAAGCAGACAGUCGCUUUAAAGCGCAUGCUGAACUUCAACACUCCUCCUCUGAAGAACACCACAGCUGAGCCAGUAUGGAAGGUGUUGGUGUACGACCGCUUCGGACAAGACAUCAUCUCCCCGCUGCUGUCCGUCAAAGAGCUGCGAGACAUGGGCAUCACCCUGCAUCUGCUCCUACAUUCGGACAGAGAUCCCAUUCCAGAUGUUCCAGCCAUCUACUUCCUGAUGCCCACAGAGGAGAACAUCGACAGGAUUUGUCAGGACCUGAGGAACCAGCUAUAUGAGUCGUACUACCUGAACUUCAUCUCUGCCAUCAGCAGAAGUAAACUGGAAGACAUUGCCAGCGCUGCUCUAGCUGCAAAUGCAGUCAGCCAAGUCACCAAGGUGUUUGAUCAGUACCUGAACUUCAUCACCCUGGAAGAUGACAUGUUCAUCCUCUGCCACCAGAACAAAGAGCUCAUCUCCUACCACGCCAUAAACAGAGCAGACAUCCAGGACACGGACAUGGAGGCCAUCAUGGACACCAUCGUGGACAGCCUCUUCUGCUUCUUUGUGACUCUGGGUGCGGUGCCAAUCAUCCGCUGUCCUCGGGGAAAUGCUGCAGAGAUGGUUGCUGUGAAACUAGAUAAGAAGCUGCGUGAGAACCUGCGAGAUGCCAGAAAUAGUCUGUUUACUGGUGACAGCAUGACUGCUGGACAGUUCAGUUUCCAGAGGCCAUUGUUUGUCCUGGCUGAUCGUAACAUGGACAUGGCCACGCCUCUUCACCACACCUGGACCUAUCAGGCGCUGAUCCACGAUGUUCUGGACUUCCAUCUGAACAGGGUGAUGAUGGAAGAGGGCGGGGGCUCCGAGCCGUCACCCGCUGGUGCCAGACCCAAGAAGAAGAACAGAAAGAUCUAUGACCUCACUGCUGCCGACAAGUUCUGGCAGAAACACAAGGGCAGUCCAUUCCCAGAGGUGGCCGAGUCUGUUCAGGAGGAGCUGGAGACGUACAGAGCCCAGGAGGACGAGGUCAAACGGCUGAAGAGCAUCAUGGGUUUAGAGGGGGAGGAUGAAGGAGCCAUUAGCAUGCUGUCAGACAACACUGCCAAGCUCACCUCUGCUGUCAGCUCUCUACCUGAGCUCCUGGAGAAGAAAAGACUGAUUGAUCUGCACACCAACGUCGCCACCGCAGUACUUGACCACAUCAAGAGCCGUAAACUAGAUGUUUACUUCGAGUACGAAGAGAAGCUGAUGAGCAAGUCAACCUUAGAUAAAUCCCUGCUGGACAUCAUCAGUGACCCAGACGCUGGGACCCCGGAGGACAAAAUGAGACUUUUCCUCAUCUUCUACAUCACUGCUCAGCAGGCUCCUUCAGAGUCGGACUUGGAGCAGUAUAAAACCGCUCUGAUGGACGCCGGCUGUGAUCUUUCACCUCUCAACUACAUUAAACAGUGGAAGGCGUUUACAAAAAUGGCUGCCACCCCGGCCAACUAUGGAAAUAGUGGUGUCAAACCAAUGGGGCUCCUCUCCCGGGUGGUGAAUACCGGCUCCCAGUUUGUCAUGGAGGGCGUAAAGAACCUGGUCCUCAAACAGCAUAACCUUCCGGUCACUCGGAUCCUGGACAACCUGAUGGAGAUGAAAUCUCAUCCUGAAACAGACGACUAUCGGUACUUUGACCCAAAGAUGCUGCGAGGCAGCGAGAGCUCCAUUCCCAGGAACAAGAACCCUUUUCAGGAGGCCAUCGUGUUUGUGGUGGGAGGAGGAAACUACAUCGAGUACCAGAACCUGGUGGACUACACCAAGUCUAAACAGGGGAGAAAAGUUGUUUACGGAUGCAGCGAACUCUUCAACGCAGCUCAGUUUAUCAAACAGCUCUCCCAGCUUAGUCAGAAAUAAACUGGACAUCAGCAGUCUGUGAAUCUUUCUCUCUCAUAGCUCAUUUCUUUAUUCCACUUUGUUUUAUAUCAGUUGUUCUGUAAAUGGACUAAAAUCUUUGUCUUUGUAAAAAUCUGUUCAUCUACUCAGUGCUAAUAAAGCAAAAAACAGUCUCAA